AUAAUAGUAGUUACCUAUUUAAAUUUGGAAUAUUUAGUUUCUACUUGCUGUCAAAUAUUGUAAAUAUUUUUCAAAAUAAAAAUUGUGACUUUUGUCUUAGUGAUUAAUAUAAAUAUUAAAUUGUGCUUAUUAAAAUUUUAAUAUUUUGAAAUAUUAUUAAUAUGACGUUUUGUAUGGCUGUUAGUGAAAAGUCGGUAGUAGUGUCGUCAAUAGAUGUUGAUAAAUGUUUUGUAUAUUCAUUAGACAGUGGAAAUGUGAAAAAUCUCACUGAAAGUUUAGGCGAAGCUUAUAAAAACAUUCCAAUCAACAACCGUGACUUGCAAAAAGCAUGUGCAGCGUUUUCAGCUGACGGCAAACUGUUUGCGUACAACCCGAACAAAGGUAAACUUCUGAGCAUCUGGAAUACCACAGACUGGACGUUGGUUGAAAACAAAACACUUGCAAAACAUGCAACAAACAUAGUUUUCACACCCAAAACCAAUGUAAUUAUUGUCGGUGAUAAAAAAGGUGAUGUUUAUGCAUUUGAAGAACUCCCUGUCCGUAUCCUGGGUCAUUCGUCUAUGAUCCUCGACAUAAGUAUUAGUGAUAAUGAAAAGUAUAUUGUUACGUGUGACAACGAUGAAAAAGUACGUGUCUCACAUUAUCCAAAUGGCAAGAACAUUGUGCAUUACAUGAUGGGGCACGAGGCGUACGUUAGCGGAAUUUGUUUAUUGAACAAUUUUAUCCUAUCUGGCUCUGGUGACAGUACACUGCGUUUGUGGGACUUCGAUAAUGGUGAUCUUCUUGAUAAACUGACUCUGCAAACUGCAAUUCAAAGUGUUAUUGAAAUUGAAGAUUUAGCCGCUAUUCAAUUAUAUAACUCUAAAGAAAUUAAUUUCAUUAAAACAGAGAAAAAAGAAAACAAAUGGUGUAUUAAAAAUUUAAAAACUAUUCAAUUUGAAAACAAUGUUUUGGAUUUGGCAGCAUAUGGUAAUCAAUUGUGGAUAUUAACAGGUAACUCUGUUCAUAAGUAUACUAUUGAUGCUAGUAAUGAAAUCAUUUUAAAGAUUGAGGAUGCAGAAAUGUCACAUACAUUUGAAACGUUAAGUAAUUUAGUUAAAUCAUUUGUGUGCUUGGAAAAUACUAAUUUGAUGAUUUUUCUUUAUAAUAAAAUGAUUGAUAAGCAAAAAAGAAUUGAACAAAAUAUGAACAACGGUACACCUCCAGUAUUACAUCAUACAAAAAGGCUUAAAACCGCAUAAAAAUUUUAACAUUUAAAUGAUGUAUUUGUUAAGACUGUUAAUAGCUAUUAUUUUUAUUCUGGUUCAGCAAUUAAGUUAAUGUGUUACAUCCAAAUUAUGUUUGUAAAUAUUUAAUAUAGACUUAAAUGUUAUAAGUAAACUAUAACAUUUAUAUAUUUAAUAUGUGAUUCUAAGAUUAAUACUCGUCGCUUACUAAUGAGCAAUUGUGUUUUUGCUAUACACAAUAACUAAACUGUUCAACUUCAAACAUCCUAAGAAACGCGUUGUUAUGACUUAUGUGUUUUGCUGAUUACUAUGAGUACUCUAAAUUAAUUAUUUUGUUAUAAAAAUGCAUACAUUAUGUUGUUAUGUGCAAGUGAUACCCUUUAUUACUUACACAUUCAUUGAGUAUUAAUUGUGAGUUGAAAAAUAAUAAUAAUAAAAAUAUAUUAUGUACCUACCUAUAUUAAUAUUAGUAUACAUACAUAAUGCAUUAAAAAUCUGAUUACAAAUAAUAUAAUAAAUUUAUGAUAA